AUGUCCGCUGCCAGGACGUUCCACAGAGCCUCGCACAUGUACCACGGCUCAAGGAGCUCCAACACCAGACGACGACACUCGCUGUCCUCCCUACGACAGCCAGGGCUACCCGAGUGGCCGGCAAGCUCCGCCCCUACUCCCCAUGAGAUCCUGGGGAUUGCUCCUGGCGCUGCGUACUCCAAGGAGCGGUUCAACCAGCUUGUCAAGAUGUAUGACCCAGACAUGUCGAGUGCAGAUAUGCGAGUCCGGCGUCUUCCGCAGUCGGUUCGCCUGGAGCGCUACCGGCUGAUCGUCGCGGCUCACAAUGUGCUCAGCAACCCGUCCAACCGGCAAUUAUACGAGUCGCAUCGCCGGGGCUGGGAGCAUCCUCGGCCGUUCCCCGGCCGCCAAGGAGACAAUGGCGGCCAUUUCUCUUCAAAAGACGGCCCUGCUCAGAAUCCGCCGAGUCCGAUGCGUCAACGGCCCAUAUAUGCCUCGAAUGCGACUGUGGCUAUACUCCUGGUUGCUCUCGGCAUGCUGGGGGCGGCUCUUCAGUUCAAACGACUGGCCGCAAGUAGACGCGACGUCAGGAGACUUGAUCUGGUGCUACAAGGGGCCAUUCGAGAAGAAAUCCAGGCCUGGGCGUCGGUGUUGCAGGGACAGACAAAGGACGACCGUAUUCUUGCGUUUCUGGCCAGGCGCCAUGGCGUGCCUCGUCAAUUGCAGAGCUGGGCAGUAGCUCAUGGGAAGCAGUAA